AUGCCUCGCCCUAUCACACAUCUUUCUCGCCUCCUCAACGCCGGUAGCAGAGUGACCAAUAAUCGAACUGGCCAUCCUGCUUCGUCUCGAUCCAGGGGCCCACCUGUUGACUUGCCCCCUCCUUACCCUGAAUUCGCAAUCAAAGACACGGAUCCUGUCCCUGCAUAUUAUCCUAGUGAAGAUCCAGAAGCUUGGUCCGCGCCUACGAAUAUGCCCCAAACCUUGCCGCUAUGGACCCUCGCCAAUCUGCAAGAGGCUGUAUCGACCUUCGUGUCUCCGGGAGGAUCCAUAGAACUACCUAUCUCGCACACAGCCGAGCAUCACUAUCAGCUUUCGGGGUCUAUCAACUGGUAUGUCUCUGACAUGAUAACCUCAAGCCAAACUCCACUAGCUAUGCUGAGUGGUGAGGUGUUGGCCGCAACUUUGGCGGAUCUCACCUAUUCGGAUACGACAAACAUCAACACUGACAUUAGCGCGGAGGACGCCAAGUCACGAUCUAGAUUAAGAGAACGAGGUGUGGAGAGUUGGACAGAGGAAACUCCUCGUGUAUGCGAGAGACUGAGGGUCUCUUUCGAUCGCGUCAUGUCCGGCGGCGAGCGCUGGCCAGGUAGAGUGGGGGAGGUUAUGUGUGAUCAGUCGGCGUGUGAAAUACCUGUGGGCGAUAGUAUAAUAAUGUUAUACUUUGAACCUCCAUUGGCGGAGAGCGAAGUGCAAAGCUUCCGUACCGCCCAGAGGAAUCCGAGGCCUCCGGAAAGCAGAAUCUGGAACGAUGACGAAGACGACUAG